ACCUAAAAACAAAAAAUAAUUUGACAUUAACCUCACUUUUUUUUUCUAAACAUUAAAUUAUGUGGCGCAAUUCAUUAAAAUUUUGUUCUACCCUAACAAAAACGAUAAAUUCUCAACCAAAAAGUGCCAUCAUUAACCAAAAUGUUCAAAAAAGAACGUUCUUUCCAAGUAAUCCCCGAUUAAUGUUUGUGCAAACUCAAGAGACACCCAACCCGAAUAGUUUAAAAUUUUUACCUGGAGUUAAAGUACUCGAACCUGGACAAACGAUGGAUUUCCCCAAUGUUCAAUCGUCAUCUUGUUCCCCAUUAGGAAAAAUGCUUUUUAGGAUCGAAGGGGUCAAAGGGAUAUUUCUUGGCCCCGAUUUUAUCACUGUGACUAAAUUAGAUGAUGAUGUUGAAUGGAAAUUAUUAAAACCCGAGAUUUUCGCAACGAUAAUGGAUUUUUUCGCAAGCGGUUUACCCAUUUUAAAAGAAGGAAUUCCAAAUACCGAUACACAAAUUAACGAAGAAGACGAUGAAAUUGUCAUUAUGAUUAAAGAAUUAUUAGAUACUCGAAUAAGACCUACCGUGCAAGAGGAUGGUGGUGAUAUCAUAUUUAUGGGUUACGAAGAUGGUGUGGUUAAGCUAAAAAUGCAAGGAUCUUGUUCUAGUUGUCCAAGUUCCAUCGUUACCUUAAAAAACGGUGUACAAAACAUGUUACAAUUUUAUAUACCGGAAGUAGUCGCUGUAGAGCAAGUCGAGGAGGAAUCUGAUCUCGUCUCUAAAAUGGCUUUUAGAAAAGUCGAGGAAAAAUUAGAAAAAUCAGACUAAACUAAAUUGUUAGAUAUUGAAUGUUAGAUUUAUAAAAACGCCAUCUAUUAUUAAACGCUUAAAGUUCUGUUGAUAAUACA